GAUCCCCAGCAGUGCUGAUUAUGUCAUCACUAUGAGAAACAAUAUGCAGUAUUCCAAAUACUGGCUAAAUGGCCUUUCGCUGGCCAUCCAAUUGGCCAUCAGUGGAGCUGGCUUUCUAGAACAAAACUAUCCGCCCAGUGUUAUUGAAGACGCACAUCUGACGACGCUGGAGCUGCUGGCCAAAUACAAUUAUCCAAAUGAAGCGCACUUUGUCACCACCUCGGACAACUAUAUACUGGGAAUGCAUCGCAUUCCUCGACCAGGCGCUCAGCCCGUCCUGCUGGUGCACGGACUACUGGACAGCUCUUCCACAUGGAUAAUGAUGGGACCACAAAGUGGAUUGGCAUAUUAUCUGUACGACUCUGGCUACGAUGUCUGGCUGGGGAAUUGUCGCGGCAAUACCUAUUCUCGCAACCACACUUCGCUGAACCCCAAUAAAGAUCGUGCUUUUUGGAACUUUUCGUGGCAUGAAAUGGGAAUCUAUGAUCUGCCUGCAAUGAUCGACACAGUACUAGAUGUGUCGGGCUUUAAGAAGUUAACGUACUAUGGUCAUUCCCAGGGUACGACUGUCUUCUUCGUGAUGGCCUCCAGUCUUCCAGCAUAUAAUGAUAAUGUUCAUCUGAUGAACGCCCUGGCACCCGCGGUGUUUGUGCAACACACAAAGACGCCGCUACUUGAUAUGGGACUUUCCAUGAAGAAUGUGUUUUUAACGGACAAUGGACCCUCAGAAAUCAUGCCGCGGUCCGAAAUGGGUUUGGAUUUCUGCUUCAUGUCAUCAUAUUGGCUAAAAUUUUGCAUGCGCUUUACUAGACUUUUAUUUGGCGGCAAUGGAAAAUCACACAAUAAGACCAUGUAUCCUGUAAUGUUCGGACAUUGUCCCGCCGGCUGCAGCACGCUUCAAGUGAACCAUUUUCUGCAGAUGGUUAGGUCCGGCAGAUUCCGUCCAUACAACUUUUACCUAAAAAGAAAUCAACGUAUUUAUGGAACCUCUAAGCCACCCGACUACCAAUUACAACGCGUUACGGCACCUAUCGCUUUAUAUUUUACAAAGGACGACUUUCUUACGGUGCCAGAGGAUGUUCAGCGAUUGGCAAAGCAGUUGCCCAAAGUGGUCGUCAAUCAUUUAUAUGAGAAUCCUGAAUGGAAUCAUGUGGAUAUGGUUUGGGCCCCAAAUCUGCGACAAGAGGCGCAGCCGCAAAUGAUGGCUAAUUCCAAGAAAUGGGAGACAACCGACGAAUGAAAAGGAAAUAAAAUACUAUUUUCAGCUUAAAUGUCGUUUAAUAAACGACCACCCAGCU